AUGGACACUGUUGGGCACCACAGCUGUCUGCUAGCUAGCUACAUAUUUCACUUCGUCUAAGCCCAGCUUUCUUUAUUUCUUUAAUAAUGCUGCCGUGUCCGUAUUAUAACAGAAAUAAUGCAGCUUCACUGGGCAGAUCAUCCAUAAAAGUUACUCUAUAUGGAUUUUAUGAGUAGUAUGCGAAUUUUGUUUAAAAAGACGAUGAGGCCUAACGGGAAAGGCUAAAGUGUCAAGUCGGACUUGAAUUCAACGACUCAGGAAUGGCAUCGCAGCUCCAGGCAUUCUCUUCUCCUUCAGUUUCGUCCAGUGGGAUCUCCCGCUCCAAGAAGGUCAAAUUAGAGAAUCCUGCGUGGGGCGAGAGCAGCUACUACCUGCGGAGCCCUGGCCCCCGGAUUCGGGCAGGAACACCCUGGCCUUCGGAUUCAGGGUUUAACUCGACCUAUGGCUCACCUGGCCUGGUCUUUUCCCCCACUGGAGGCUCGGGCGAGCAGACAGUGGUCCGCGCUGCUGAUAGCUCUGGCAGCAUCCCGGGACCUUCAUCGUCGUCUUCCUCUUCUUCGUCCUCAUCCAGCCGGCGGGGUGAAGAUGAGGCAUCGGCCUCGCGGCAUGCUGACACCUAUCAGAAGCGGGGCAGCCUGAAGAGGAAGAGAGAAGAGGCAGACAGCAGUGAUAGUGUACAGAUCCUGGAAGAGCUCUCCGCCCCUGGGUUGUCCAAGCGCGUGGCCAGGGGAGGGGCAACUACCUCUGCCGCUCAGUCCAUUGCACACUCCGCCUCAACCGCCAAGAGCAGCAACUCCCAUAGCGAGGGCGACUACCAGCUGGUGCAGCAUGAGAUCCUCUGCUCCAUCUCCAACAGCUACGAGGUUCUGGAGUUCCUUGGCCGUGGAACAUUUGGCCAGGUCGCCAAGUGCUGGAAGCGGGGAACCAAUGAAAUAGUUGCCAUCAAGAUCCUGAAAAAUCAUCCGUCCUAUGCUCGACAAGGCCAAAUCGAGGUGAGCAUCCUGAGCCGGCUGAGCACGGAGAAUGCAGACGAGUUCAACUUCGUGCGCUCGUACGAGUGCUUCCAGCACAAGAACCACACGUGCCUGGUGUUCGAGAUGCUGGAGCAGAACCUCUACGACUUCCUCAAGCACAGCAAGUUCAGCCCACUGCUGCUGAAAUGCAUCCGGCCUGUGCUGCAACAGGUCGCCACGGCGCUCAUGAAACUGAAGAGCCUGGGCCUGAUCCAUGCCGACCUCAAGCCCGAGAACAUCAUGCUGGUGGACCCCGUCAGGCAGCCGUACCGCGUCAAGGUCAUCGACUUCGGCUCGGCUAGCCACGUCUCCAAGGCCGUGUGCUCCACUUACCUGCAGUCCAGAUACUACCGAGCACCUGAGAUCAUCCUGGGUCUCCCAUUCUGUGAGGCCAUCGAUAUGUGGUCCCUGGGCUGCGUCAUUGCCGAGCUGUUCCUGGGCUGGCCCCUGUAUCCCGGAGCCUCUGAAUAUGAUCAGAUCCGUUACAUCUCCCAGACACAGGGCCUACCAGCAGAGUACCUGCUAAGUGCAGGGACCAAGACCAGCCGCUUUUUCCACAGGGGCCCCGACUCCAGCUACCCCCUGUGGAGACUCAAGACGCCUUCGGAGCAUGAGGCGGAGCUUGGUGUCAAGUCCAAAGAAGCUCGGAAAUACAUUUUCAACUGCCUUGAUGACAUGAUGCAGGUCAAUAUGACCAGUCUGGAAGGCACCGACGUCUUGGCAGAGAAGGCCGACCGGCGGGAGUUCAUCGACCUGCUGAAGAAGAUGCUCACGCUAGACGCUGACAAAAGGAUCACGCCAGUGAAGACCCUGAACCACCCGUUUCUGACCAUGACCCACCUCCUCCACUUCCCUCACAGUGCACAUGUGAAAUCUUGCUUCCAGAACAUGGAGAUCUGCAAGCGCCGGUGUGCAGGCUUCGAUGGCAGCAAGAGUCUGUUUGCCAACGGGGGUGGGUCUGGGGGCGGGGCCAGCACGGCUGCCAACCUCACCGUCACCUUCAGCAGCCAGCUCGGCCAGCACAGCCAGAUGACGCCCUCUGGUGGCCAGUCCCUGUCUCUGAGCAGCAGCGUCCCUCUGCUCAACUACCAGCCGGGUCUGUACCAGCAGGCCACCAUCAACAUCCCGGGCCUGACCCCGCAGAGCGUGCCAUUGCAGGCCCGGCCCACCCAGCUCUGCACGCAGGCCGAACCCUUUCAGCAGACCCUCAUCGUCUGUCCCCCGACUUUACAAGGGCUUCAGCCUUCCAGUAAACACUCAGGCUACCCAGUGAGGAUGGACAGCUCCGUUCCCAUGGUCCCCCAGAACCACUCCACCCAGUCGCUGCACAUCCAGCCCGGCAUGCUGACGCAGCAGGGCUGGCCUGCGGGCACACAGCAGAUCCUCAUACCGUCCACAUGGCAGCAGAUGCCAGGCAUGGCCAUCCAUGGCAGCGGACAGCCUGUGGUCACUCACUCCCCCGUGGGCUCGCUGCUGUCCGAUGCCUCAGGCCAGUCCAGCGCCAGCUGGAGGGGGCGCCAUAGCAGCCAGUGUGAUGUCACACAGCAGGGGUCUGCCCAGGGAUGCCACAUGACCUCUCAGGCCCUGAAUAUGGGCACAGCCAGUAGCCGGACCCAGCAAGGCGGGAUCAAGAGGUCAAAAGGUCGCCACGCAGAGAGUCGAGCUAGGCCUGUUUCCUCCGCCAUGCAAGGCAUCGGCGACCCGUCACAGCCCAUCAUCAUCUCUGACACACCCAGCCCAGCUGUCAGCAUCAUCACCAUCCCCAGCGACUCAGAGGACGAGGAUGACGCCAAGGUCCCGCCCACCAGCUGCGGCGUGAGCCAGCGGGCGAACGUCAUCAGCUGCGUGACCGUGCAGGACUCGGACUCGUCUACGUGCAGCCCGCUCAGCCCCAAGCGUCUGCCCACUUUCGUGGAGGGUGCCGCCGACCUGCCCAAGUCACUGGCCGUGGUCAUGCCUUCGGUGAAGGCCUCGCCCUGGGAGGGCAUGCCACCGGAGCAAAGCGGCACGACCUCGGGGCGGGUGAAGAGGAGCUCGGCUGUCCCCGCCGCCAGAGCAGCCCUGCGUGGGGCUGAGCGGCAUCCCAGAGCGGCGUCCUCCAAGUCUCAGCCUCUCAACCUGAGCCAGGUCCCGCAGUCUGUGAUGUCAUCCCACGAUAGGUCAGGAAGCGGCUCCCUUCGUCGCCAGCCCUCCUACCCCCCGGCAGGAUCCACCCACUCGUACAGGCUGCACGAGGCCUCACUCUUUAGCUCCGCCCCCGACCUGUACCCGUACCCGGCAUCGGCCGCCCUGGCCUCCGUCUCUCAGGCGGGGGACCAGAUGCACAAUUCCGCGGCCUCCUCCUCCUCCUCCACGUCCGGGCGGCAGCGCGCCGCCGGCCCCUACUCAGCCUCGCUGAGCCUGCUGCAAAAGAGCAGCGCCAUGGGCCUGAUGGGCCAGACUACCGCCGUCUACCAGCAGCAGCAACUCCCUGGCCAGCCCUACACCGGCCCGCGGCCUACUCGCUCGGCCAGAGGAAAAGCCAACCAGUACCCUUACCUGUGAGAGAAGAGGAACACGACAGACAGGAGGGAUUCCGACAUUGAACAUCAGCUCGAUUAUUGAACUUGAUUAUUGUAGUU